UGCAUUAUAUUCAAGUGCCCUAGUGAAACCGCGCGCACUCUUCGGAAGGUUGUCGAAGAAUUAUCUCCCGGUCGUAACUUACACAGGGGAAUAAAAUCGUCCAAUCGAAGUUUUCUUGUAAAACAGAAACCUUUUCUAUAACCAAAUCCAUCAAAAUGCGUGAAUGUAUCUCGAUCCAUGUCGGUCAAGCCGGUGUCCAAAUGGGCAAUGCUUGUUGGGAGUUGUACUGCCUUGAACAUGGAAUCCAACCCGAUGGCCAAAUGCCCAGUGAUAUGACUCUUGGUGGUGGUGAUGACUCAUUCAACACUUUCUUUAGCGAGACCGGUGCUGGCAAGCAUGUCCCUAGAGCCGUGUUUGUCGACUUGGAACCUACUGUAGUCGAUGAAGUACGAACAGGUACCUAUCGUCAGCUUUUCCACCCUGAGCAGCUUAUCACCGGUAAAGAAGAUGCAGCGAACAACUAUGCAAGA